CCUGAAACGACAAUAAGCCGGAGGCAAUAGCCGUGAAUCGAACGAGAUUGGGCGCGUGCGAUCAUACAGCAGAGACGUUUGUGCGAAUAUAUUGUAAUUAAAAUUUUCGGGAGCCACGCAGCCAGUUGACGAUCGCGUUUCCGCAGGAACGGUAGUUCUCCUCCAUCAGGACAAAGUUGAAUUUUUAAAGUAAGCUCAGCCGCCGCCACUGCCGUCGUCGUCAAUUAACCUAUAGUCCAGCAAAAUGCCGCAAGCAGACACCGUGUUCCAAUCGCGCUCGGAUGGCAUCUCAGCCGAGGGAGUCCGCGACCAGUACGCCGACGGGAAGGCCGCCAAGGUGUGGGAGAUCUUCAUCGGGGACAAAAAGUCCCGCACGGAGAACUACCGCAACUUUUUGGUGGAAAAACUCCGGGACAAUGGCUGCAAGCGUAUUCUGGACGUAGCCUGCGGAACCGGCGUGGACUCCAUCAUGCUGUUGGAGGAGGGCUUCGAGGUGGUUUCGAUCGACGCCUCGGACAAGAUGCUCAAGUACGCACUGAAGGAACGCUGGAACCGCCGCAAGGAAGUAACGUUUGACAAGUGGAUAAUUGAGGAGGCCAAUUGGUUGACGCUUUACGACGACAUCGAGCACCUAAUUGGCGAGGGCUUCGACGCCGUAAUGUGCCUGGGAAACUCAUUUGCCCAUCUGCUGGAUAACUACGGUGAUCAGCGCGAACAGAUCCAAGCUAUCAACAACUUUGAGAAGUGCGUUAAACCCGGCGGUCUGCUGCUGAUCGAUCAUAGGAACUACGAUAACAUCAUGGAUACGGGCGCAGCCCCCGCAAAGAGCAUCUACUACAAUAGCAGCCACACGGCAGACAUCAAAACAUCGGUCCUGUACGUCGCCAGCAAACCCACUCUGGUGACGAUGGAUUACGUCAUCAGCACCGGUAGGGGCGACACCAGCGAGUUCCGUCUCUCGUACUAUCCCCACAAGCUGGCCGUGUUCGAGGAUAUCGUGAGGACGAUUUUCAAGGGUCACACCUCCUACGAGAAGUACGGCGACUUUAAAACCAUGGACAAGGUGACCAAUCCGGCCUUCAUCAUCCACGUCGUACAGAAAGGCAAAUAGACGGGGUGACGCUGGCUCGCGGGGAUCGACUCAACGGCUGUCUCAUGGCUCGAAUAUAUCCGAUAAUUAACAGAAAUAAAUACCGACAUUGAUUUUUUAAUUGCGUUUAUGUAUUACUCUGUCUA